UCUACUUUCCAUUCCUAGCGUUGGCUUCUUCAUAAACGUCGCCGUUUUAGAAAACGCAAUCCUUCUUCCUCCUCCCGUCUUACCGGAAUAUUCUGGCUUUUUUCUACUCUCCUCCGUCGCCGAAGCUCGUCAAGCUGGAAUUGACCUCCGAAUUUCAUUCCGAUUGCCUUAUCCGGUCAGAUCCUUACGUUCCCUGAUCGUCGAUUUAGGAAAAAAAAAAGUCUCGAGCUUUAAUUGGAAUUGGAAUUUGAAAUUGUUAUUGGAUCUUUAGGUCUUCGAUUAGGUUAAGGUCACCGUAUCGCUGGGGAAACUAUAUAAAGCGUUAGAGAGAGAGGAGUAGUACUAUUACUAAAAGAAAAUGGGAGAUGGAAGUAGCACCAGAUCCAACAGCUCAAACAGCAGCACCAGCGAGAAACCAGAGUGGCUGCAACAGUACAACCUCGUCGGCAAGAUCGGCGAAGGCACUUACGGUCUUGUUUUCUUGGCUAGAACCAACACUCCGUCCAAGAGACCGAUCGCCAUCAAGAAGUUCAAGCAGUCGAAAGACGGAGACGGAGUCUCCCCGACCGCCAUCCGCGAGAUCAUGCUCCUCACUGAGAUCUCCCACGAGAACGUUGUCAAGCUCUUCAACGUCCACAUCAACUUCGCUGACAUGUCUCUCUACCUCGCCUUUGACUACGCGGAGUACGACCUCUACGAGAUCAUAAGGCACCAUAGAGACAAAGUGGGACAUUCGUUGAACCAGUACACGGUCAAGUCCUUGCUGUGGCAGCUCCUCAACGGGUUGAACUAUCUCCAUAGUAACUGGAUCAUACACAGAGACUUGAAACCGUCGAAUAUCUUGGUGAUGGGUGAAGGAGAAGAGCAUGGGAUAAUGAAGAUAGCUGAUUUUGGGCUCGCACGUAUCUUCCAAGCUCCGUUGAAACCGUUAUCAGAUAACGGAGUUGUGGUCACUAUCUGGUACCGUGCGCCUGAGCUGCUUCUUGGUUCAAAGCACUACACAAGCGCGGUUGACAUGUGGGCGGUUGGGUGUAUAUUCGCGGAGCUGCUGACUCUCAAGCCCUUGUUCCAAGGAGCUGAGGCUAAGUCAUCUCAAAACCCUUUCCAAGUAGAUCAGCUAGACAAGAUAUUCAAGAUCUUGGGACAUCCGACGGUGGAUAAAUGGCCGACGCUGGCUAACCUUCCUCACUGGCAGUCUGAUCUUCAGCACAUCCAAUCUCAUAGAUACGACAGUGCUGGUCUCCACAACGUGGUUCACUUGAACCCCAAGAGCCCUUCUUAUGAUCUCUUGUCCAAGAUGCUGGAGUACGAUCCUCUGAAACGUAUCACCGCCUCGCAGGCGUUGGAGCAUGAGUAUUUCAGGAUGGAGCCUCUCCCUGGGAGGAACGCGUUUGUGGCGUCUCAGCCGAUGGAGAAGAACGUGAAUUACCCUACUCGUCCUGUUGAUACGAACACCGACUUCGAAGGCACGACACGCAUCAACCCGCCUCAAGCGGUGGCGGCGGGAAACGUGGCGGGUGGUCAUGGGAUGGGGAGUAGAUCGAUGCCGAGACCAAUGGUUGCGCAUAACAUGCAGAGGAUGCAACCACAAGGCGGUGUGAUGGCUUAUAAUUUCCCUGCACAGGCUGGGAUGAACCCUAGUGUUCCUAUGCAGCAGAGAGGGAUGGCUCAACCGCAUCAGCAGCAGCAGCAACAACAGUUGAGAAGGAAAGAUCCUGGAAUGGGUAUGUCUGGUUACGCACCUCCUAACAAGACCAGACGUCUCUGAAGAUUUAAAAUAAAAUCGGUUGUGAGUUGCUUUAAGUGUAGACUAGAAAGACUUGUAAUGCAGCAGCAUGUGGGGUUUGUUGCUUAUAUUCAUAAAUGUUACUAUGGGUUCUCUGUAGCUUUGUAGAAACAUUAUCGAUCUCAAGGUGUUUUGUCUUUAAUGAAAUUUUAAUUUCCUUUAAAAA